GUGCGGUAGAUGUGCCUAGGUUUGUGAAAAUGAAGCGAAGAAGAAGUUAUUUCUUUUAAGCAAAACGCCGAGGUUCCCCGGAGGAGGGCUUUGCGUCUAUAACCAUCAUCUGAACAACUGGUAAACUUAGCUGUACUUUUCAACUUUCGUGCUCCCGAAAUGAUGAAGCUCAAGUCCAACCAAACCCGGACGUACGACGGGGAUGGCUACAAGAAGCGGGCCGCCUGCCUGUGCUUCAGGAGCGAGGCCGAGGAGGAGGUGCUGUUAGUAAGCAGUAGUCGACAUCCUGACAAGUGGAUAGUUCCUGGAGGGGGAAUGGAGCCCGAAGAGGAGCCCAAUGUUGCUGCUGCUCGAGAAGUUUGUGAAGAGGCCGGCGUGAAGGGGACUUUAGGUCGCCUGGUUGGAAUAUUUGAGAAUAAGGAGAGAAAACACAGAACCUACGUCUAUGUUCUUAUUGUAACAGAGGUGCUGGAAGACUGGGAGGACUCGGUCAACAUCGGGAGAAAAAGGGAAUGGUUUAAAAUAGACGAUGCCAUACAAGUGUUGCGGUGUCACAAACCUGUGCAGGCCACCUACUUCGAGGCUCUCCAGGAAAGUUGCCUGACCAGUAACGGAACGCCACUGGUGACCACAAUAGGUGGGGACCUCUCCCCCACCUACAGCAUCAAUCAGAGCUCCGUCUCGGGUAUCAGAUAACUAAAACCUCAACUCUGACUUCCCCAGGAGCUUUUGCCACCACUUGCGCUCUUACUUGUGUCACUUCUCGCUUUCUCCUCUCCCUUUAUCUCUCUCUUUUUUUUUCUUUCUUUCCUCAAUAACAUGGAUUUGCCUUGCCAACUCCUUGGUGCCAGAACUGUGGCACAGACUUGAUGAGAAGUGUUGGGUGAAUAGUCCGGGAUAUUUGUAAAUGUAAAUGUAAUUUUUGAACCCGUUUUUCCCCUUUGUACUGACAUUGCAUGAAGUGUCCCCCUCAUUUCCAGUCCUUUCUGCACCCUUAGCGAGGUGUUUAUUGAAUGCAAGAACUACUUUUUACUGUUGUAAUGUAAAAGUGUACACAUAUUGCUUAAGAUGAAGGCUUUCRUUGGUCUUUUUAAACGUCUUCGCCAUUCUUUUCUUUUCUCUCUUGGAAUGACUAUGCCCGUUAAGUGUUCUCCCUCCCUUGUUGUAAGGUUAAGAAAUCUCGUCUGUAUCUGAAUGAACAGAGUUGUGGAAAGUGUCUUGCAUGAGCACCGUUAUGUUGUCUCACUCACUUGAGUGACCUUACGCUGAUUGUGCAGCAGACUUGCGGCAAGGUCUUUGACAUUUCUCCAUGUUUUUCUUUUACUGUAGUUGUUUUUAAACAGAAUAAUACAAUCCUCGGGUAGAUUUUCASUUUCAGCCRUUUCUCUUUUAUUUGGGAAGCUAGCAAAGCACUACAGAUUUAACUCUCAAGCCGAGCAUAUACAGUAUUCUGUUCUGAGAGUGACAUAAUGUCAACUUAUAAUAUAAAAUCAGCCCCUUCUCUCCUCUUAAUCCCUCUUUUUUCUAAAAUGUUUCCUUGUGACUGCAGAGUCUUCCUCCACUUAAAGGCUGAAAAAAAUCUAAAUCAUGGACUWAAAAAACAGCACAUAUCACUUAAGUUAUUAAAACCCAUGUCUAYAUUUGACUCCUCACAUUCAUUUCGGUUGAAAACAAUUGUUUACAUUUUGUUCGUAACAUAGCACAGAUGACUUUAGCGGGCACUCUUUUAUUGUGUUCUUGAGUWUUUUUUUUAACCCUUUCUUCUUUAGUCUUUAAUCUGCAUCCCCAAAAACACUCAGAACUCGUGCUUGACGCUGAAAGUAACGGAUCUAUAAUGCCGUAUUUGCUCGGUGCAGAACAAACAAGCCUUGUACAGUUUGAGACCUUGUUUUUAAACUUGUAAAAUGCUUUUGGAUGCUAAUAUUUUGUUUCUUUUCGUUUUUGUUUUUUUCCUCUCUGACGUUCGGCAAGUCUCUUUAGCUGAGCUGUGUCACGGGGGCCUCGGUGUGUCGUGAGGCAGCCGGCUCAAUACUGUGAAACUGGAGGCGCUGUAGAUAGCAUGUAAGAGGUUUUUAUUGUAAAUUGUUUAUUUCUGUAUAGAUCAAAAGGUGAGAGUACAAAUGACAAAACACCUCUUACGCAUCUGUGAGUGCUACGUGUCAUUUCAGCUGAGCCUGGAAAACUGAUUUAACUUGUUUUGUUGGCACUGGAACUGUUGGGAAUUUUCUCUUGAGAAAGCACACAGUCCGUCUGAGGCUAAAGAACAAGGAAUGAGGCUGUGGGUGAGAUUAAAGAGUCUGUAUAUAAAGGCUA